AUGAAGUUCCAACUCUCCGCCAUGCUCGUGGCGGCCACCGGCCUGGUUUCGGCGCGCGUCCUCGACUUUGAGUCGCUCGAGCCGCGACAGAUUCCCGAUCUGGCCAACCCGCUCGACCCGGUGCUCAACCCGCUCACCUCGGCGCUGGGCAGCGGCGCAUCUGCGCUCAACCCGGUCAUCGACCCCCUCACUUCGGCGCUGGGUAGCGGGGCGUCCGCGCUGACCCCGAUCGUUGAUCCACUCACCUCCGCUCUCGGCGAGGGCGCAGGUGUGCUCACCUCCAUCAUCGGCGGCCUCACGACCUUGAUCCCCAUCCCUGGCGGAGGUGGAGGAGGUACGACGACGAGCACCUCGAUGCCGCCGCCGACGACGACGACCUCGUCGUCCUCGACGACGGUGCCCACGACGCCGCCGCUGACGACGACGACGAUGAUGACGACGGACACGGGCGGCAAGACGGUGACGUCGACCAAGACCGAGUACGGCUGCGAGUGCACGACGACGUACGUGACCACCGUCACCAACGGCAAGCCGUGCACGUCGACGAUCGUGAUCCACACCAAGUCGAGCAGCACCAUGUACCACGCCACCGACUCGCAGGGCAUGCAGUCGGCCUCGUCGUCCUACUACUCGGCCCACCCUACGCCCACGUACAACCCGCCGGCGCCCGCUCCGCCGCCGCCGCCGCCGUCGAGCACCACGCCGUACUGCAAGCCGACGACGGUGACCAACACGGUGACGGACACGGUGACCAUGACGCUGCAGAUGAUGUGCACGCCCUCGACCAUCUACCAAACCUCGACGCCCGCCACGUGCCAGCCGCAGACGUCGAGCCAGUCGUUCUACACGCCCCCCUCUGGCUCGUCCAUGUCGUCGUCGCUCGGCGCCGGCUUCGGCGCCGGCCAGAUGAGCUACACGACGUCGUACGACGGCAUGCAGUACCUGAGCAGGCGCUGCAACGACAACAAGUGCGACACGACGACCGUCUACGUCGGCGACACGUCCAUGCCCACGCAGCAGCAGCAGACGUACGUGCCCCCGACCACGACCUCGACGUCGUCCUACUGCCCGCCGACGACCUACACGUCGUCGACCAUGGUCUGCUCGACGUCGACCAUGAUGUCGCGCACCACGUCGACCGGCAAGGCCUUUGUCGGCGUCGAUGCCGCCGUCUCGUCCCGGGGCGGCAUCAAGGCCAGCUCCUACACCCUCGUCGCCGCCACCCUCGCCUGCGUCUUCCUCAUGCCCUACCUCAUCAUGAGGUUCUAG